GUCAGACCAUUGAAAAAAUACACACACACACAUAGGCGACCAGAGCAGCUGUCAUUAUAAUAAAAAAUAUAUUAAUUGUGUAUAUACAGCGGGAAAGUCACCUUUGCCUACUGCAGGGGGCUGGGGCAUCCAUGAAACACGAUUGAGUGAAUUUAGGAUGGAAAAUAUCCUGGACGUCUAUCUGGAGUCCACGAGCCGAUGAAUACAGACAUCAAUAAACCAACAGGAUGGUAGUUAUACGAAGCUGAAAGCACUUGGCUGGACCCAACCCCAGACUGAGCCGACUCACAACAGGCAAUCAGGUGCUUCAUAGUGGACUAAUUGGCCCCCCUAUUUUUGGCAAGGAUACCAACAGGGAUUCACAGUUGUCCCAGUAUACACUGAAAUUCCACCGAUUAUGCAAAUCACAAGUCUAACGCCCGGCAGUAACUAAGUUUGCUCAUGCGACAGCCUAGAGAUGGGUGAAGCAGUGGAUGGAUCGCAACAGGACCUGGAGAUGUACAGUGCAGUCAGAGCAGGCAAAUGGACAUUAAUUCUCAGAGUGCUGUUACUAGUGUGGCUGUUGAUAGGGUGUGAGACGCAAGGCAGCCAGGCUUGCCCAGAGCUCUGCGAAUGCCAGGACCUGACGGUGACCUGCCCCGAUGCGACGGAGAUUCCCACAGACAUUCCUCCGGAGACUACCGUACUAAUGUUUCCCCAUCAUCGCUUCACAAACCUGCCCAGCUACACCUUCGUCCCCCACGAUCUGCUCAAUCUCAGGGAGCUGCAUAUCCGCCAGGGCAACUUGGAGGUCAUCGACGAAAAUGCCUUUCAUGGGCUUCCUGAAUUGAUCAAGCUGCAUCUAGACUACAACAACAUCCAGGACAUUGACGCCAAUGCCUUCGAUGGUUUGAGCAAGGUGGAUUACCUGUAUCUGUAUUAUAAUAAGCUGCAGCAGAUCCACCCCAGACAGUUUGCGGGCCUUCCCAGGCUGAGGUGGCUGUCACUGAGUUUCAACGCCCUGACAGACAUCCCGGCUAAUUCCUUCCAGGGUCUGGAGCGUCUCCUAACCCUGUACAUCCGUUACAAUCACCUCUCAGAGCUCAGGGACUACCAGUCCUUCAGCGGACUGCAUCAGCUGCAGCUACUGAGCUUGGAGAACAACCAUGCUCUGAGAACCAUCGGGGAUGAGACUUUCAGUCAGCUGUACUCGCUGACGGACCUAGAGCUGGGAGGCAAUCAACUGACAUCAGACAGCUUCACCGAGGCAACCUUCUCUGGACUUCACAAGCUUCGCACCUUGAAUUUUCACGAUAACCCCCUGGGUUUUAUACCAGCUCUAUCCUUCAGCGCCAUCCCACAGCUGGAGACCCUCUACCUCACAAGCUGCCAACUCAGGUCUGUCCAACACGAAGACUUCCAAUAUGCCCCAGACUUGAGAAAGCUGUAUCUGGACAACAACGUGGCGCUGAAGGAAAUCCCAGUCCAUGCGUUAAGCACACUGCCCCAACUUGAGGUUUUCCACUUCUCCCAGAACUCCCUCACUGACAUCCCCGAGUACUCCUUCAAGAAUGUAACCAGCUUGAAGGAGAUGUUCAUCACAGACUCCAAACUGAGCAGCAUUGACGAGAACGGCCUUGACGGCCUUGGAAACCUAGUUGAGCUGGACUUGUCAAACAACGAACUCACGACUCUCGCUGAAACGACCCUGGAUUCAAUACGCUACAGCAGCGGUCUAAAAAUAGACCUUGGGGACAACCCCUGGGCCUGCGACUGUCACAUGCGUGACUUCCUUCAAUGGGUGGAUGAGCGUUUCACUCCGAGACAAAUCCAGCAGAUAUUCAACAUUACGGAACACCAGCCCAAGUGUCUCAGCCCCCCACAGUACGCUGGCUCCAGCAUCUUCGAAAUCCCCACCCAUGACCUGAACUGUAAGGCUCCACCUCCCAAGGACAUCAGCCACGAGAUAAACCAGCGUCGGGUCACCAUCGGUAGCUGCGUCAGUCUGGCCAUCGUUGUGAUACUGUGCACUGUGGGAGGGAUCCUGUUCUAUCGAAGGAGACAACGAAAGCUACGAGAGAUGCUUCGCCGAUACGGGUCCAGGGACAAUGUCAGUUCAUUUCCACUAGAUGAUAAUGUAUCCAUCUGAUCAAAAUCCUCUUAAAUUCUACAUGAUAAAAAAUAUCUGGAGUGGUUUUUUUUUUAUGGAGAUAUUUACAAAAUGCAGCACCUCUGGAUGCACAUGUACUUGUUGUACAUUUGUCAGUGAAUGUUUUCAAUAUUUUUGAGAGUACCAUUAAUAGAAAAACAUUCUUUCAAACAUUAUUUUGAAAAGGAUAAGGCUGGUCAUCACAGCCUGAACCUGCCUCAAAAUAGCUUUCUAAACAGACCUUUUGUCUACACCUGAGAAAAUGCAAAAUUGAAGGUUAUGCCUUGUCUACGAUGUUACAAGGACAAAACAAGUUCAAGGUUUCCAGUGGUAGAAAUAAAUCGGCAUACUGCACGCUUUCAUUAAAAGUACCCGGAUGACUGCAAUAUUAUGUCAGUAAAAGUACCCGGAAAUUACUUUUGAUACUGUCCUCAUCUGGGCAUUUUUUUACAACUUUCGCUGGUUCCCGCACAUUCAAGGGCAUAGAAACUCACAGUUGUCAACCAGUCAACAGUGCGUAACGCGCGGUACCAUCGCACGCGGAUGCAGCACGCAGCAGGGUAUACGCCCACUUUUGUCGACAACCGCAAUGACAGUUUUGAGCGGCGCGAAAUUUGCUUCCUUAAGCAAAGAAUAUUCUAAGAAAUUUUAGAAAUAACAACAGUAUCCUGAAAUUUCUUUGUUACGGAUCAAGUCAGCUUGAUAUAAGUAAUAAAAUAAUAUUGGCUGGCUCUUUUUCUGGUGAUGCAACAAUAUAUUGCACUAGAUAUAACAAUAAAGCUCGCGCCAUAUAUUCAUAAAUCUACCCUCAAAACAGCCAUAUAAUAUUAUAUCAAUAUUCCAUGCACUUAGGUUUAGGUGUUAUUGUUUCACCUUUACUCAAGGUGAGAAACAAAGCAUGACCUAGAUUGAUAAAAGUGUUUCUUAAACAAUUUCACCUGGGCUGCAAUGAUAAACCGUACAUGCACUUGUUGAAGUUUAUUUUUUGCAUCUGCAUUGAUUUAAUUCAGGCAAUUAAUUUAUACUGAACAAUAAUGUAUUUAUCGCCAAGCCAGUGUUACAGGGAAUAUACAACAUUUGCAGACAUCAAAAAACAAAACUACCAAAUCAUUAUGAAAUACUUUACUG